UCACUGUUUUAAUUUAGGUCUUUAAUUUAUUAAGAUUUAGGAUUAAUAGAGAGAAAGAGGAAUUGGUUUUAAGUGUUAAGAGAGAAAAGCCUUUGCGCAAUCUCACUGUGUGUUGGUAUAUAUUACGGCGCCAAGGUUUCUUUGAUCGAUUUCUUCUUCUUCUUCUGGAAAAUUAUCUCGUUUUCCGUUUUUAGUUCUUUGAGUUUGGGAUCGUUCAAUGGAGCCCAACGUAGUGGAGAUCGCUACUCCUCCUGCCGCUUCUUGCUCGAGAAUUCGAACGCCAACAAAGGCUGAAACUCCAGAAGUGAUUGAUGUGGAGGAAUAUGAUUUGCAAAACGGUGGUGUUCCUAAUGGCAACAAUGUUGAUUAUAAGAACAAAGGGAAGGCUAUAGACUUUGAUUCCAUGUCUUACGGUGACUAUGGUGAAGAAGAUGAGUAUGCUGUGGGAUCUCCUGGUGAUGAUUAUGGUUAUCCUGAAUCAUCUCCACUAUCAAAUAGUUUGUUAGACCCAGAGUCUUUGAUCUAUGAAGACGACGAAAACUAUUCCGAACAAUAUGACUUUGAAAUGGAGGCGGAGCCUGAUAAUUACUCCAUGUAUCAAGACCUUUUCGAUGGUAAGGAUAUCCCAACUGGUGUGGAGGUUUCAAUGGAUUGGUUUCCAAAUUCAGCUGACAAGGAAUCAGCGAGUAGUAGCAAAUCGUCUCAUGCUAAUAACGGGAAUAACAGUUCCAAGAAAGCAACAAAAGCAAGUGGAAUCCAUUCUCAAUUUUCUUCAGAUAUGGAAACCCCUGUAGCUCAACCAUGGAAUGCUUUACCGCACAAAGCUGAAGGAGUCAUACCAAACUCUGCUUAUGCCUUGCCACAGAACAGCAAGGCUUUUCAACCACCUUACGCUGUCCACUAUUCAGCCCUUAAAACUGCUUUUUCCAAUUAUCUUCAGCCUCAGACUCCUGAUACCGUAUUGGGGGAGGCUCCAGCUCCUGCUGCAGGUUCUUCUGGUUUAUUGCCACCAAACACACCCGGUUUUAAAAGUAAUGCUGCUCGGUUUAAAGAGGAGCCGCCUAUAUUACCUCCGGAUGAUUCCAGAGUUAAGAGAAAUAUGGAGGAUUAUCUUGGGCUUUAUUUGUUUUUCAAAAGAUUUGACAUCGUCGAAGAUUUUUCAGAUCACCACUAUGCUUCUAAGGGAACAACUUCAAAGCAGCAUUCAAAGGAUUGGGCGAAAAGGAUCCAAGACGAGUGGAGAAUUCUUGAGAAAGAUUUACCAGAGAUGAUAUUUGUCAGAGCUUAUGAAUCUAGGAUGGAUCUUUUAAGGGCUGUAAUUAUCGGAGCCCAAGGAACUCCCUACCAUGAUGGUCUCUUCUUUUUUGAUAUCUUCUUCCCGGAUACAUACCCUUCUACGCCACCGAUUGUUCAUUACCAUUCUGGUGGGCUAAGAAUCAACCCAAAUCUGUACAAUUGUGGGAAAGUGUGUCUGAGUCUUCUCGGCACUUGGAGUGGUAACCAGAGGGAGAAAUGGAUCCCCAACACUUCGACGAUGCUACAAGUUCUUGUCUCGAUCCAAGGUCUAAUCUUAAAUCAAAAACCUUACUUCAACGAGCCCGGCUACGAGAGGUCAGCAGGUUCUGCACAUGGUGAGAGUACCUCUAAAGCUUACAGCGAAAACACAUUCAUACUGUCUUUAAAGACUAUGGUUUACACCAUGAGGAGACCACCCAAGUAUUUUGAAGACUUUGCGUAUGGACAUUUCUUCAGCUGUGCUCACGACGUGUUGAAGGCGUGUAAUGCUUACAGAAACGGAGCUACACCGGGAUAUCUGGUGAAGGGGGCUCCAGAUGUGGAAGAGAAUAGCGCGGGCAUGAGCUCUCUGAAGUUUAGGACAGAUGUGGCUACCUUUGUGGAGACAGUGCUGUUGAAAGAGUUUAUUCUUCUAGGUGUCCUUGGUCUCGAACCGGAAGAAGAAGAAAAAACACCUGAGACUAUAAUCGUUGCAGAGAGUAGCAAAUGUACCAGAUCAAGGUCCAAGAGAGACAGAGUUUCUUCUAGUUGAUCUCCAUUGCUCCCUUUUUUUUGUCCUUAAUUUUUCUUAAUUUCUGAAGAAACCGGUGACUUAAUUAGUUUCUCCCUUCUUACAAUCAUGGAUCCUCUUUUUUUCUCUUAACUAUGACAUAAAUCUUAAAAGACUAUUGAGAACUGAGAAGUCACUCUCAUAUGUACAGUUCCCUUUAUCAGUCAGAUUUAUUAUAGCCUCAAUUUUCUGAGCUACCAGAGAAGUGAGUAAAAGUCAACGAUACAAGGUUUGGAUUUUGA